UAUAAAUUAAUUGACGAAUGAACAUAAGAGUAUCUGUAAAAUACUGUGGAAGGAGUUUGACUGCCUAGAUAAAUCCAAAGACAAAUCUAAAAGAGAUUAUAAAGUACACAAUUGAGGGAGGAUACGCGUAAAAAAAAUGUGAAUAAAAAUAGAAAAUUAUAAAUGUUAAAUAAUCCAGGAGUAUACUUGCCAGAUAGAUCAAUCUUAUGUAAAGGAGACGAUCUAAAUAAAUCAUUAGAAGUCUUCUUUCCAAUGAUUGCUCUUUAAGGUGCACCUGUAGAAUUACUAAUAUUGAGAGAAGAGGAAUUCAUUGAGUAUGAUACAGCAAUAAAAUCAUAACCAUCAUUAAUCGAUAGUGAACCUCCUUAGUUUGACGACUCGUAAGAAUUAAAAAAAUCAUAAUAAAAAAUAGAUGAAUCUUAAAAAUAGAUAUAAGGAUCAUAAUAAAUAAAAUAGUAACCAUCAGUCAUGGAUUUAAAUCCUAAUUCAUAAUUAUUAAAUACUACAGGAUAGUUUUUUUUGAGAUUCAAGACAACAGCUAACUUAAGUAAACAAGGAUUUGAAUUAAAAAAUUUAUCAAAGAAUAAUACAAUAAAUGAUAUAAAAGAUUAACUUUUUAAAUAUUUUGGAUUUUAGGAUAGGUAAUAAAUAGAAUUAAAAUAGAUCUAUAGUUGAUUUAGACCUUUAUUAAAAUGAUAUACCACUUUAGGGAGUGAAAUCUAACAGAACUUUAGAAUAAUUAUCAAUACCUUGUGGAGAAACUUUAGAAAUAAAGGCAAGAUGGACAGGUGGUAAUUGGGAAUGAUAUAAGAUUAUUAAAUAGAAU